CAAAACAGAGCAACCAUGGCAAGAGUGUGGAGUCAAUACCAACUAUAAUUCCCGGCAUUGAAUGAUCCUCAUAAAGUGAGCCGGUGGAUCCUCCAUCUCUCGGAUCUUAUCUACAGAGCCCUUACCUCGAGAUCACCAACGACAAUCCAUCAUCAUCAACCAACCCACAUCAACGGUUCAAAUCCCCUUAAGAUUCACGUCACCAUCAAUGCUCCCUCGUGCCCCGCACGUGCCCUGCCCCAGUCCACGAAACCGCCUACGUAUCCCGUCUUUAUUAUCCGGAACCGUUUAACUUCCACUCCUCCGCGAGACCAUCAUAAGCCCAAAACCUCGUCAGUUAAUAACAAAACAAAACCCCCGACACCGAAGCCAGAGAGAUCAAGAGCCCGACCUCCUCCUUUUCUCUUCGUCGUCGAUGGAGGCGCCGGCGAUGGCCCCCGGCUUCGCCUUCGGGUGGGGCCCAACGGCGAUGAUAUCCGGCCACCAUUCACCGGAGACUCGUGUGCCGCCGGAAUUCAGCCCUCCGUUGAUCGCGAUGGUGGCCGUCGUCGGUGCGGCCCUUCUCAUCGUCAUCUACGCCCGUUUACUCUCCCGCCUCCUCCGCCCUCUCCUCCGCCGGUGGCGUCGCCGUCGCCGCCGCCUCCUCAUCGCCAGCUCCUCACCGCCACCCCCGGCCUCGUCCUCCGACGACUACUACCUUCCUCUUUCCCCAUUCGGCCUCGACGACGCCGCCAUCAAAUCCCUCCCUCUGUCCGUCUUCUCCAAAUCGAAAUCUAAAUCCCUUCCGAUCCGAGACUGCGCCGUGUGCUUGUUCGAAUUCGAGGACGGCGACUCGCUCCGCACCCUCCCGGCCUGCUCCCACGCCUUCCACGUCGAUUGCAUCGACGUCUGGCUCCGAUCCCACGCCAGCUGCCCUCUCUGCCGCGCCGGCAUCUUCCGCCCUGACUCUCCCUUCAUCCCCAUGCGUGCAGCCCGGAUCCGCCCCAGUCUCGAUGAUCUCAUCUUCGAUCAACCUCCCGAUCUCGUCUCUCCAAUCCCGGAAUCCGACAACCCCGAGAUCGCCCUAGCCACCGCCUCCCCAAUCGCCACCGUCGCCGCCGCUCCCGCUCACGACUUCUUGCUGAAACGAUCCUACUCGUUUGGGUUCGAGCGGAGCCUAGCGGCGGAUCGGAUGGUUCUCGAAGCUUCAACGGCAUCGCCAUGGCGGUACCGGCACCGGAGCUUUUGGAGCAAGCGAUGGCCAUCGCCAUUCGGAGGUGGAUCAUCAUCGGCAUCUCGUGCUUCUAGAGUUUUCUCAUUCCGAUCAUACCGCGGGGUAUCAUCGGUGAAGUCACCGUUCCUCCGGCGACGAGGGUUCUUCCCGCUGUCUUUGGAGUCCAGCGUGAGGUUCGCCGGCGCCGGUCCGUCGUCACGGCGGAGCCGAUCGAUGGCCAGCCCUUCGUCGAUGUUGGCGAGGGCGCAAGGGUGGGGGUUCUCGUCCAGUCGGAUGCGGUGUGGUGAUCCCGAGGCAUUGCUUUCGCCGGAACGGCUGAACCGGCGGUAGCCGGUCACUGCUCGGUAACUUUACCACCCCGGUAAUCGGGAACUGGUGACCGGAAACAAGUCUUAAUGGCGGUUCGCGUGCGGGAAUUGAAUGAUUUGCCGGCCGAUUUUAAAUGGUAGCGAUAGUGUGCGUGAAAAAAAGGUUGGUGGGAAGGUUUGAUUGAGCCGGAGAAACGCGCUCUGGAAUUCGUUGGAUUGGAUUAUAUAUUGUGUGAGUGUAUAUUUUGUUUUUGUUUUUGUUUUUUUUUUUAAUUUGAAUAAUAAUUAUUAGAGAAUAAUAAGAUAGUGAAGAAGCUUUUUGUAGAAAUUAUUUUUCGGAUAUGAGAAACUUGAAUUAUUUGGGGGGAAAAAAUUGGGUUCGCACCAUUUGGUCUAUUGGCAUCUGGUUUUUGUAGAGGAUGUUCACCCUCGAGUUUUGAACGUAGCUCCCCGAGUUCGAUUCUUAUCUUGCGCAAAAUGUGGACACAGUUCGGUGGUGAGUGCUGCUUUCUCAUGUGUUUGUCUUUGGGUUCUGGCGUUUAUCAGGACACACAAAUAUGACACACUUACAUGAUAGAAUUCACAACUUACACUGGCCUACAAAAGCAAAAGGUGAUGGUUCUUAAUUAGAUGUCAUGGAUGAGGAAAUGAAACUUAAGUGAAUUGCAUGUGCUAAUGGACCACAUACCUUCAUGCUUUGUCCGGCCACACCAGAUGAUUCAUGUCACUCAUGUUCUAUAUUUGUUGCUUGGAUUUCCCAACAUUAUUUUCCCCAUUUUACAGUACUGAUUAUACGGAAAGUUAUGCAAUCUAAAUUAUAUAUGUGUUUGUUUGCGGUGACAAAGACAAAUCAUGAG